AUGUUUCUUGAGUUGAAAGAUUUGUAGUGUUGAAUGAAGCAAAGCAAGAACCAAACUGGUAUUGCUGCUUUUUGUGGCCAAUAUACAGUCAAUGUCACACCCCUAUUCAUAAAUUAAUGCUAGUUGUAGUAAUCCAAAUGGAUGCAUACAAACAAACAAAUGAUGCUCUUUUUCCUCUUCUUCUGUGGCAUUUUUCUCUUAAUAACCUGUAUUCUCACAAGCCCAUUUGAGGGUACACCCCCACCCCCCACCCACCCACACCACCCCCGGUUUUCUGCUGGUUUUCUUGCUUAGAAAGUGUGUUUGUUGCUUCUUGGGAAGUGUUGGAGAGGAAUAUUUAUCCUUGGAGAAGUUUUAGUUCUAGUUCUAGCUCUAGCCCAGAGAAGUUGAUAAGUUUGUGAGGUUCUUGGAGUGUUUUGUUUAUGACAACUGAGUUGUGUAGUGGGGAUUAGUGAUGGAGAAGAGAUCAUCAAGAAUUCCAGAGCUGAGGCAGAAGACUGAAUUGAGCUGUAUGUUGGGAUUGUUUAGUAUCCUUGAGUCCUGCCAAGGCCGUCCCAGUCGUAAGCUGAUCGCCAACGGAAGGCCACCCGUGAACAGACACAUUAUUGCAGAUUGUCCGAGAAAGAUUGACCAGAUUGCAAGCUUUGAUGAAGAAUGUCGAAAAAUUCAAAAUGAAGCAGCCUUGGCAAGUGUUACAUUUGAUGCCAGUGCCAGAAAUCUCAUUCAAGAAGAUCUGCCCAUUGAGAAGCAUAAAAGCAAUCGAAACACGGUCGAAAUGAACUCUGAACAUGUUGAUCGUCUCGUGAAAACUCACAAGAGGGCAAGGAAGAGCAGCCAAAAAGCUUACCAGCCGUCUUCCUGUUGUUUGAACAAUGCAGCUAGCUCAAUCCACCAGCUGCCUUCAACUCAGAAUCACCUGGAGAAGAGUGUACUUUCAGGAUGUUUCGAAAGAAGCAUCCGCCUUGGAAAGUACGAUCAGGUUGAUGAGAUUAGCAUGCAGCAAGUUCACAUGAGAGCCAAAGCUCUUCUUGAUCAGAUGUUUCUUGAAAGAAAGUUCAUCAGUAAUGCACGGACAAGCUACGAGUUCAAUUCCUUCUCUGAGGCAUUGGAGAUGUUGAAUUCAAGCAAAGACCUUUUGCCAGAACGAAAUUCUCUGCUAGCAAGGCACAUUAGGGAGUUGCCGUCUUCUCAAACAGCGGUCAAGUCAGCACCAGAUGCUAAACUCUCAGAAUAUGAGGGCCUACACACAAGUAGUUCUGGAAAACCUGGAAUUCCAUUGGCAAGCCAAAAUGGAAAACCAAACAAGCAGUAUCAGUGUCAAUGCUCAUUGAAUACGAGUUUUACAGCACAGCCUUUGGAUAAGAUAGUUAUACUGAAACCAUUGCCACAAAACGCAAAAUAUUCUCAAAACAGCACUUGCCAUUGCUCAUCACUUCAGGCUCAUAAAGGAUCGAGCAGAAGAGUAUUGGAUGCCAGAGCAUCAUCCUUCUCUUUCAGAGGUAUGAAGAAGAAACUGAAACAUACGUUUGGAGGCACCAGAAAAGGAAUGGAACGCACUUCAGCUAUCCUUUCUCACAGUCAAUCAACUCUGGAAAUAGAAGAUGAGUGUACCUGUCGUGGAGUGGAUUCCAGAAAGUCUUUUAAUUCGUUCUCGAACACCAAGAUAAAGGAAAAGCUACACAGGGAGCAAGAACCGAAGUCCAAUCAGGGUUCUGAUAAUGCUUGUUUGACUAACAAAGUGCGUGAAAAGUUAGACAUCUCAAGUGGCGGAUUGUCUAAGAAACAUGAAUUUGAUGUCAUUUUGGAGGCAAAAAGGCAACUUUCUGCAAGAUGGAAAAAUGUAAAUGCUGUAGAGACCAUGACAAACAUAAAAUCUCCAAGAACCCUGGGACGGAUUCUAUCCUCACCCGAGCAUGAUUUCUGGCCCCUUAGCCCAAGAAGGGACAGCCAAUAUUCUUCUGGUUCUGCACAGAUGAGAUUUAGUCCUUACAACCCCUCUCCCAGAGCCACUGGAAGCAGUUCCCAAGUACCAAAUGGAAAAAAAAGGGCUUGUCUAAGUCCAUUAAGACCAAACACAGAGGUUACUUCAAGUGAUGAUUGUAACAAAUAUGACGAUACAUCACAGAUAAUGGAUACAAAGACAAGCUCUCCAAUUCCAAGGACUGAUGAAGAAGCACAUGGCAUGAAUGUUUCUAUGACAGACUACACGAAAUCUAAUGGCAAAAAGAAGAUUGUAGAAAUGAAUGGCAUCCUGCAACCUGAACUUCAUGGUCCAGAAGUUCCCAGUGGAAUAAACAGCAUGGAUGUUACCAAUGACACAACUGAAUUACAUAAGGAUGAUGAAAGUGUAAUGAAUUCCGUGGAUUCACUCUCUGAGAAUGAGGCAUUUACAUCAACAGUGGAUGAUCUUCCAUCUACUCCUUUGAGCAUCCACCGGUUAGACGUGGCUGACAGAAUUAAAUAUCAAGAAGAGCACCGAAGCCCAGUUUCUGUCCUUGAGCCCUUUUUCUUAGAAGAUAGUAACAGUCCACCAAGCAUUACCCUUCAAACAGACAGACGGCAACUGAAACCACUUCGUCUCGACUUUCAAGAAUGCUCGUCAGAGUCAUUCCACCCUGACCCACCAACCAGUGCAAAUUCCUGCAUAGAAGAGCAAGAUCCUCUCUCUCAGUACGUGCAUUUGGUGUUGCAAACUUCUUGUUUGGAUUGGGAUCAGCUAUCAGAAAUCAGCUGUCUACCUGAAGAGCUUCUCGAUGAAUCCUUAUUUGAUGAAGUCGAGUUUCUGCCUCCUGAUUGUUACUUUGAUCCCAAGCUUCUAUUUGAUCAUAUGAAUGAAGUAUUGCAAGGGAUAUACCAAUCCCAUUUCUGCUCUCCUCCUUGGCUAGCAUUCACAAAACCGAAAAUCAAGUCUGUGCCACUAGCACAACUUGUGCUUGAUGAGAUAAUGACAGAAGCCGACUUUUAUCUACUUCCUCGGACAGAGAAAAGAACAAUGGACCAGCUUGUUUCAAAAGACGUGGCAGCUUGUAGGUCAUGGCUUGAUGUUCGGCUCGAUACUGAGCAAAUCGUGAUCGAUGUUUCAGAAGACGUUCUAGAGGAAUCCAUACUGGAUAUGCUACUUGAGUUUCAUACAUGAAACCAUUGGUCAUAUUAUUAAAGUUUCAAUCUCUUUUCCUUUGAGUAAAAAGAAAGAAAAUAACAUAUAGCUGACAUUUUUCUUUCAUUCUUUCCCCUCUUCUCUUUCUUGGUCAUUACAUCAAUCUAGGAGGUCUAAGCAUUUGUAAGACUGGUUGGUUGUAUAAAUCUGAUAUAUUUCCUACAUCAAAAGAGUUUGAAUUAU